AUGGACCCCGCUACAAAACCUGUCGUCCCGCCCAAGAAGCGCCGCAUUGGCGUUCUCACUUCGGGUGGUGAUGCCCCCGGUAUGAACGGUGCCGUGCGGGCCGUCGUUCGUAUGGCUCUGCACUCCGACUGCGAGGCCUACGCCGUCUACGAAGGCUAUGAAGGUUUGGUCAAUGGCGGCAACAUGAUCCGCCAGAUGCACUGGGAGGACGUCCGUGGCUGGCUGUCGCGCGGUGGUACCCUCAUCGGCUCUGCCCGUAGUAUGGCUUUCCGCGAGCGCGCUGGUCGUCUCCGUGCGGCCAAGAACAUGGUUCUGCGCGGCAUUGACGCCCUCGUGGUUUGUGGUGGUGAUGGCAGUUUGACCGGUGCUGAUGUCUUCCGUGCCGAAUGGCCGGGCCUUCUGAAGGAAUUGGUCUCUGCUGGUGAAUUGACCGAAGAGCAAAUCAAACCCUACAAUGUUCUGAACAUCGUCGGACUCGUGGGUUCGAUCGAUAAUGAUAUGUCCGGAACUGAUGCCACCAUUGGCUGCUACUCGUCCUUGACUCGCAUCUGUGAUGCGGUCGACGAUGUCUUCGACACUGCCUUUUCGCACCAGCGCGGCUUCGUCAUUGAGGUGAUGGGCCGUCACUGCGGAUGGCUGGCUCUCAUGUCUGCUAUUAGUACUGGUGCGGAUUGGCUGUUCAUUCCCGAGAUCCCCCCUCGUGAUGGCUGGGAGGACGAUAUGUGCGCGAGCAUCACCAAGAACCGUACCGAGCGCGGCAAGCGCCGUACUAUCGUCAUUGUUGCCGAGGGUGCACAGGAUCGCCAGCUUAAUAAGAUUUCCAGUUCGACCAUCAAGGACAUUCUCACACAACGACUGGGUCUGGAUACCCGUACGACCGUCCUCGGACACACUCAGCGUGGUGGUGCUGCUUGCGCCUACGACCGCUGGCUCUCUACUCUGCAGGGCGUGGAGGCUGUUCGCGCCGUUCUAGACAUGACACCAACCUCCCCGUCCCCCGUGAUCACUAUUCGUGAGAACAAGAUUAUGCGCACUCCUUUGAUGGAGGCUGUUCAGGCCACCAAGGACGUCGCUGCUAAGAUCCACGCUAAGGACUUCGAGGCUGCCAUGACCCUCCGUGAUCCAGAGUUCAAGGAAUACUACCGCGCCUACCUCAACACAGCUACCCCGGAUCAUCCCAAGAUGAUGGUGGCCCAGGAGAAGAAAAUGCGCAUUGCUAUCAUCCACGUGGGUGCCCCCGCUGGAGGUAUGAACCAGGCCACCCGAGCUGCCGUAGCCUACUGUCUUACUCGUGGACACACUGCCCUUGCCAUUCACAACGGUUUCCCUGGUCUGAUCCGCCAUCAUGCCGACAAGCCCAUUAGCUCGGUCCGCGAGGUUCAAUGGCUCGAGUCUGACAGCUGGGUGAACGAAGGUGGUUCCGACAUUGGUACUAAUCGUGGUCUGCCUUCCGAGGAUAUGGAAGGCACUGCCAAGUGCUUCGAGCUCUACAAGUUUGAUGCUCUUUUCGUGGUUGGUGGGUUCGAGGCCUUCACGGCUGUGAGCCAGCUGCGCAAGGCUCGCACGCAGUACGAUGCGUUCAAGAUCCCCAUGGUUGUGUUGCCUGCUACCAUUUCGAACAAUGUGCCGGGCACUGAAUACUCGCUGGGCAGCGACACUUGUCUGAAUACACUGAUUGAGUUCUGCGACGCCAUUCGCCAGUCCGCUUCCUCAUCGCGUCGCCGUGUCUUCGUCAUUGAAACCCAGGGUGGCCAGUCCGGCUACAUUGCGACCACAGCUGGCCUUGCCGUAGGCGCUGUCGCCGUUUACAUCCCCGAGGAGGGCAUUGAUAUUAAGAUGCUCUCUCGGGAUAUCGAUUUCUUGCGUGACAACUUCAUUCGUGACAAGGGUGCUAACCGAGCUGGCAAGAUUAUCCUUCGCAACGAGUGUGCCUCAAAGACCUAUAGCACCCAGGUGAUCGCUGAUAUGAUCAAGGAGGAAGCUCACGGGCGCUUCGAGUCUCGCUCAGCUGUUCCUGGUCACUUCCAACAAGGUGGCAAGCCAUCCCCCAUGGACCGUGUCCGCGCCCUUCGAAUGGCUAUCAAGUGUAUGCAGCACCUUGAGAGCUAUGCUGGUCAGAGUCGAGAGCAAAUCGCCGCAGAUGACCUAUCUGCUGCCGUCAUUGGUGUCAAGGGCUCCCAGGUCCUGUUCUCACCCAUGGGGGGCGAGACGGGAUUGGAGGCCACCGAGACCGACUGGGUGCGCCGUCGCCCCAAGUCUGAGUUCUGGCUCGAGCUUCAAGAUGUCGUCAACGUUCUUUCUGGCCGUUCCGGUAACCGUGCCGUCGACACUUCGGUCAUCUACGAUAGUAUGUAA